ACUUUCUCCCAUAGAUGACCAGCUAUCCGGUAUAAAUUAUUAUUCGUGUCUUUCUUUACCAUUUCCUAAAAAGGUCAAGGUUGUUUUGCCGGUGGGUCGCCUUGGAAAAAGAAACUGCAGGAAGCAAAAUAUAUUUUACUAAAAAUGCCUGAGGCAAUCAGAGUUGUUGUGACAGGAGCAGCUGGGCAGAUUGCCUACUCCCUGCUGUAUUCUGUAGCGAAAGGAGAUGUUUUUGGAAAAGAUCAGCCAAUUGUUUUGGUGUUGUUGGAUAUUACACCAAUGAUGGGUGUUCUUGGUGGAGUUGUCAUGGAGUUGAAAGAUUGUGCUUUUCCAGUUGUUACAGAAAUUGUUGCCACCGAUGAUUAUGAUACAGCUUUCAAGGAUGCUGAUGCAUGUAUGCUUGUUGGCGCAAUGCCAAGAAAAGAAGGCAUGGAAAGAAAAGAUCUGUUGGCAGCAAACGUAAAAAUAUUCAAAGGUCAAGGAGAAUCGUUGAAUAAGGUUGCUAAGAAAACGGUCAAGGUAGUAGUUGUUGGUAAUCCUGCCAAUACAAAUGCCCUGAUUUGCUCGAAGCAUGCACCAAGUAUUCCUAAAGAGAACUUCUCUGCCCUCACCAGGCUUGACCAAAACAGAGCAAAAGCACAGGUGGCAGACCGUGUUGGAAGGAGUGUUGGUGAUGUUUCCAAUGCUAUAAUUUGGGGUAACCACUCAUCUACGCAGUACCCAGAUAUGAGACAUGCUACAGUGAAAAUUGAUGGCAAGGCUGUACCAGUCCAUGAUGCUGUCAAAGAUGACAAUUGGCUGAAAAACGAAUUUAUCUCUACUGUGCAGAAGCGUGGAGCAGCUGUCAUAGCAGCCAGGAAGCUUUCCAGUGCCAUGUCUGCAGCUAAUGCCACCUGUGACCACAUGAGAGAUUGGUGGUUUGGCACUAAGCCUGGUGAGUGGACAUCUAUGGCUGUUAUUUCCGACAAUAAUCCAUACAAUGUACCAGCAAAUCUUAUGUACUCGUUCCCUGUAGAAAUCAAGGAUGGGAAAUGGUCCAUUAAAGGCGGACUGGCUAUUGAUGAUUUUUCACAAGAAAAAAUGGACAUCACUGCCAAGGAGCUUGAAGAAGAGAGAGAUGCUGCCCUUGUUGUUGUUGGUGAUAAGAAAUGACCUCAUAAAUUGUAAUAAAGAUCUGCAGGAGAACAGAUCAUAAAUAUACUUCCUAUGUGUAGUCCUACUCUGUGUGAAAGUAACACUAUUGUGCUUUUAUUGAAUAUAAUACUUUAGCUUUAAUUUGUAUAUGUGAAUGUAUAAAUAACAAAAAUAAAUAGUGCUAAUUUCUGAAAAAAUCACACACUGCAAUCGAAGAAUUUAAUUCUAUCACAGAAAAUUAUUUCAACUGUUUCUAUACACAAAUUGUGCUUUAAUGAAAACAAGAUGGUUUGGUUAAUUUUUGUUUUUGUUUUCUGAGAGAUCACUGCUUUUUACAGAUUUUGAAAAAGAAAUUAACCUGGUGCUUAGUGAUAUAUACACAAAGAAUUCAAUAAAUGUAGGAAAUAAACA